AGUGGUGGUUGCCAUGUCAGAUCCUGAGAUGGACCAUCUCCUGAAGGAGAUGAGUGACCUUGUCGAUCAGGCUGAACAUCAAGCUCACCUCCAGCAGCUUAUUAGCAUGGACCAGGAAGCAGAACCAUCCACCAGUAAUCCAUCCACCAGCCGGACAUCAAACAGCAAGCAAGAUGUUAGAUGGAUUAAGAGGGACAGUGAUGGAAACAUUAUUUACGGCAGGCCCAAAUCAUCCCGCAUCCCACAACCAGGUUCCAGUCACAGCCAGAGUCGAAAGACUGGUGUCUCUCAUAGCAGGGCUCCGGAAACGAGUGAGGAAAUGACCAGUGACCUUCCUCCCAUUACUGCAUCAGAGUCCUUCCUUCAAGAGCUUCAAAGCUCACUGUUUGAGGACAUACAUGAGGAUGAAACGGCUCUUCAAGCCUCAACAGACUGGUUGACCCGAAAGAGCCUCAUAUCAGGAUGGUGGGAGAAAGAGAGACCCCGACUGGUCAACAUCAUUGUGGCUGGACAACAUGCGGCAACUCGGAUCUGCCAACAUUGUGGAAAUGGCCCAGCCGUUAUCCGUUGUUGUGAUUGUCGACCACACCCAUUCCUCUGUGGCCAGUGUGAUGUCAGGGUCCACCGAGAACAAGUGUUCCACAACAGGGAUUCGAUGACACACGCAUUUUUUUACCCAUUGCCUCCCACAACCUGUGUUGUGGAGAGGGUUCUAACCCAGUGUGAGCGUCUUGUACCUUUGGAGAUGCCAGAGACAAUAUGCGGUUGUCUACGAGAAUUGUCCAGUGUCAUUGCAGGACAGUCCAUAGUUGUGGUUACAAUGAAUGGGCGAUAUGAUCUCAGAUUGCCUCAGAUUAGAUGCAAAGCAUGUGAAGCCACUUGGAGUCCUGGAGUGGAUGACCUGAUCCGCAAUGACUACUGGCCUGCCACUUCUCACUUUUCUACUGUGUACAGAACAGAUGUCCUUUUUUCUUUUGAACAGCUGAAGAUGGCGGCACCAGGGAUGUCCAGCCAAGCAUUUCUUAGAAUGCUGGAUCAACGCACUCUUCGCUUUGGCCGUAGUGGAAACAUCACAGCAGACAGCUUCCGGAAAAGCUUCUUGGAGUGGGAAGCUGUCCUAUUCGAAGUGGACAAAUUAUGCCAGGAGGACCACUUUGAGUGCCCAGCGUGCAGCCCAGACAUGCUUGCAGUAUCCGUCGAUGGAAACCGUAAGCACUACAGAUUCAAGAGUGCAGCAAGAUCAGAGGAAAAAGCCAUCUUUGAUGGUGUGUUCAUCGCGAAUGAUGACGACGUCGCAAGAUUCGUGGACUAUGUCCAUACCUCAACCAGUCAUGUCUCUGGAAGAGGUGUCUGUGGAGGGCAAUGGUCAGCCGCCCGUGAAACGUCUCAGAAGUCCUCAGGAAAAACAGACGAGGAGGGCCUGGAACUUGCUGUGUGUCGUCAUGGAGUUCUCCUUCGUGCCCUCAAUAUGUUCAGGGGGGAGAUUUUUGCCUACCCCCUGUACCUCCAAAAGCAAAUGGCCUGUAAGCCAGUUACAUUUUUUGCAAUGGAUGUGGCAUGCAAGUACUGGCCUUACCUCCAGAGAGUGACAGAGAAAUGCCCUGAGCUUCAGGAUCUCCUCACCAUGAAGCCGUUUCUUUCUGUUUUUCAUGCAAAAGCUCAUGAUUUCAAAUGUGAGGUAAAAUGGAGUGGAGCAUAUCAGGAGGGGGCUGGUUCGACUCUUGGGGAAGAGGUGGAGCAGUGCAACGCCUUCCUCUCAAGGAUUGCUGUUACGACAAAGCACAUGUCAAAAGCAGGACGCAUAGACAUGCUGACGAUCAUGGCCAUGCGCUGGAACCAACAAAAAUUUGACAACUUGGCUUCUACCCUUGCCCGCCGAUACCGGAAGGCCACAAUAGCCCUGCAAUGCCAGAUGCAUAACCUGGAGGCCAUGAAAACAGAAAUGGACAUCUCGGACAAUCAACUGGAGAAGUGGAUCAUUGAUAUCAAUGAGUGGGCAGAAGCAACAACAUCCCCAAAUGAUGCUGAUGUUGCCGCUGUUGCCAGCCGAAUUGAGGAGCUGGUGGCAAGUGUUAAGAGGAGGUCCCAGCGUCUUUAUAAGGAUAAUGACGAAUGGAGGAAAAAAAAAUCUUAA